CAUCCGUCUUCAUUCAGACUCUACUCCGUUAAUACAGCAGUCAGUCUAUUAUCGUUAUCGGUACUCAUUCCAACUUUUUAUAAUAAAAAGAUGCGUCGAUUAAUGGUGUUGUUUUUAAUAUUAUCAACGAUAAUAGCGAUGUCAUUCGCGCAACUUAAUUUUUCGACUGGUUGGGGGAAAAGGGCUAGUAACGCGUCCCCUAAUGGAGGAAGCAACGAAAACUGCAAAACAUCAGUUGAGGUCCUCAUGCUCAUAUACAAAUUGAUACAGAACGAAGCACAAAGGGUGUUUGAAUGCAACAAAUUUACAAAUGAUAAAUAACUAGAUUGUACAUAGGGCUAAUUAACUAUUCCUAGGGCAAAAAAAUAUUUAAAUGUCCAAUCUACCUUUGGGUUUUUGAUUGUAUAUAUAGCGCAUAAAAAUUUACUAAUAAAUUGCAGUGAAGUAUA